CGAGCCAAUGAGUAAGAGGGUGAAAUUUAUUGACGUUUGAUCCCAGGCCAGGAAUGGGUGGCGGUUGAGACCCUUUUAUUUAUGAUUUCGGCUACUUAGCAAGAAUUUGCAAAUCCCCUUUGAAUACCCAGCUAGCCUUCUCACUAUAUAUCCAACCCCCCAUUGCCAUAACCCCAUUAUUUAACCUCCACACACCUUCACCUACCUCUUCACCAUUUCAAACACUCCCAUCCAUCCUCUUGCUUCACCUCAACAAAAUGCCUACUUCAUCAAACAAAAUGACUACUUCACCAUUUCUUGCCACCUUCGCCGUGUUUUUCAUGCUCGCAUUCCAUGGCUGCGGUGUCUCGGCGCAGGCUCCCGCCCCGGCUCCGGAGGCGUCGACGGACUGCAUCUCGGAGUUGAUGACGAUGGCAGACUGCCUGACGUACGUGGAGGAAGGAAGCAACUUGACGAAGCCGGACAAGGCUUGCUGCCCAGAGCUGGCGUCGCUGGUGAACAGAAACCCCGUGUGCUUGUGUUACUUGCUUCAGAAGAACAGCACCAGCAGCUACGGCAUUGAAAUCGACCUGAACAGAGCUCUUGAUCUCCCUUCUGUCUGCAAAGUUGAAACCCCUCCUACUAGCGACUGUGCACUUCUUGGAAUUCCAGUGGAAGCUCCCAUGGCUUCUGAAGGGCCUAGUAGUGCUAACGCACCUGGUGGUUCGGAGCUAGCACCACAAGGACCUUCUGCUUCACCAGGAAACCUAACAGACAGUGGACCUUCAACUGCUGCUAAAUCCAUCACGGCAGUCUUUGUUGGCCUAGCAAUAGCAUCACUUCCUGCAUUCUUUUGAUUAAUUUUGUGUAUGAUUGGUAGUUCUGUCUAUCUGAUUUCACAUUUAGUUCAAAUUCUCAUUUAUUUCAUUGAUGUUACCAGAUAUAUAAAUCAUUAUGUAUGUGAC